AGUUCGUAUACGGUACCGUCUCUCUCUCUACCUAGCUCUCUGAACGUUUCUUUCUUUACUUCGACAGAAUCAAUCCGGAAGUGUUAAUAAUUCACAAAUCCAGUCAAGCUAGGGAUUUGAACACAUUUGCAUCAUGUCCCACCAAACUGGUAUACAACCUUCAGAUGAAUUAGAGACAGUAAUAAAAGAAGCCAAAAAUGAGGGAGGAACCAUAAGAGUAAUCAAAGUGGUAAUUGAAGAAGAGGAACUGGUGGUAGCAGCAAAACAUGAUGCAGUUGGCUCAUGGGAAGAUGAUUUUGAUGUAUUAGUACCACCAUUGCUUGAGGAAAAGAGUCCUUGCUACAUCUUUUACCGGAAGGACACUAAAGAUGCUCAGGGAUAUAAGUGGAUUUUCAUCCCAUUUGUCCCAGAUGACAGUCCGGUUCGUCAAAAAAUGUUGAGUGCAAGUACAAAGGCAUCAAUGAAGACAUUUUUUGGAGGAACUACUGUCAUAGAUGAUGAACAAGCAUGCACAAAAAAGUCUGAGGUGUCCUUACAAGGUUAUCGUGAACAUCAGGCAGCAAAAGAUGUUGCUGGUCCUUUGACAGAAAGAGAAGAAGAGAUAUUGCUGGUACAGAAAAAUGAAACAAGAUCAGAUAUUGGUGUGCACACCAAGAAUCAGACCUUACCAGGCCUUGCCUUCCCAGUAGAGGAAGCAGCCCUUGAGAGAAUAAAGGAAGUCUUGGACUCGCGAAACACUUACGUACAGUUGUUGAUUGAUGUUGACGCAGAGAUGAUCAGGUUAGCAAGUUGUGAACAUACAGAUGUGAAUACUUUGCCAUCUAGAGUGCCUGAUGAUAGUCCCAGAUAUCAUCUAUUUGUGUUUCCCCAUGUCUAUGAAGGAGAUAAACUCAACAGCAUAGUGUUCAUCUACACAAUGCCUGGCUACAAGUGCUCAGUGAAAGAGAGGAUGUUGUACUCUAGUUGUAAGGCUCCAUUGCUUUUUUCCUUGGAGCAAAUGGGAUUUGAAAUAGCAGCUAAGAUUGAAAUUGAAGAACGCAAAGAACUGACAGAGGACUUCCUGAUGAGUGAAAUUCAUCCUAUAAGAAUUGUUCAUAAGCCAAAGUUCAGCAAACCUCAGGGACCAGCAGGAAGGAGAGGUCAAUCAAGGGUCACAAAUACUAAAAAAUAAAUAAGCUAUAGAGAAUUUUUUUAAAUGCAUAGAAUAUUGAGCUAAGAAUAGGAAAGUGCUUGGGAUUAAUAUAUGUAUUGAAAAUAGAAAGUAGAGGUCAACCAUAGCUCAUUUUAUCUUUAUGUAGUAUAACAAUCCCCCAUGACCUCUCUGGUCCAAAAGAGAUUGAAUCAUGUCUAUAAAUCUUUCUUCCCAACCAUUAAUUUACAUCUUUAUAUUAUAUGUUCAUGAAAUUGCCUUAAAGAAUCUAGUCCAUCAUAUUCUCAUUUCACUAUGUUGUGUCUGUGAAUAAUUUAUUUGUAGAAAUCCUGUAUUGUUAUACAUGUAGUCAAAGUACACUUCCUUGAGGCAUAUCUCAGAAUCUGCUCCAUUGCCAGUGUAAAAAGUAACCUUAGUAAAAAAAAAAUAUCUCACUUGUCAUUGGGCAUGUUUGUUACUAAAAUUCAAAUUGAUUGAUAUGUUGUGGGUUAGGAGAUCCACUUAUUUGUAGUUCAAACAAUAUAUUUUCCUGUAUCAAUGCUAUAUAAAUUGAAGAAUUGCAAAAACUUAGUUGAGUGGUAGUCUUAUAAUCCAGUCUAUUAAUUUAAAACCAGUUGAUGUGCUUGUUUCCUGUGAUAAAAUGAAUAUUCAUUACCACAUCAUUGGUUUUGUAGUUGUAUUCCACUUUAAAUAGUUGAAACUGAAUAUUGGUAAAUGCAUGUAUCUUGCAUCUUCUAUUGGGAAUUGUUACAAUUAGAUACUGGGGCCCUAUUUCAUACUUAGAAUUAGUGAUAACUCUGCAUCCAAUCAAAUCUAUGUUCCAGUUGAAAAUACAAUAUCAUGAUAUAUCUUUAUGUCUGUACUUUGUAAAUGUAACCGUUUUCUCAAGGGCUUGUCUUCUGGCUGACAGAUUACCAUGUGGCUUUCAUGACCCAUCACUUGUGACUCUUCAGAAUAUCAUUUCAUAAAAUGUUGUUUAAUAUUUAAGUUACCAUAAUGAGAUUCAUACGUGCUUCUCUGUCAACUUGUCAGACAAAAAUAUUGAUUUCCAGGAGCUAAACAUAGGGAGAUCUUCAGUAACCAUCAGAGAAUGAACUGAUUGUGCAGUGCAAGGAGACAGGCCCUCUAGACUUUCAUUAGCUAUCUUACUUAUGUGCAGCCACUAGUUAUGUAAACAUUGAAAAGGAGAGGAUGUCGAAGGAAAUCUGAUCUGUUUCUUUGUAGUAAAUGUACCCUGAACAAAAGUAUGUAUUAAAUUUUGACUUUGUCUCUCUCUCUCCAAAUCUUUCUCAAUCCCCUAUCCAUUUUCUUUCUUUCGAUCAUACCCACCCCCUUUCUCCACUCCUUCCCUCUUUUCUAAUUUUUUGUCCAUUCUCCAAUUCCCUACACUAGUGCCAGGAUGGUUGUUCCACAGAUAAUUAAUUUGAAGUAAUGCCAUGCUCAGAAAGUGCUAUUAAAUGUAUUUGGCUUUUAUGGUACAUCAUCGAUUUCAAGAACUCAUACCUCCUGAGCAUGGUGGGGGGGGGGGGUGAGACUGAAUUGAAAAGCAGUGUAAAUAUAUGAAGAUUUGUCUCCAGAUUCUUUUUGAAGAAAGUCAAUAAAUAUUCAAGAGAAGGUUUAUAAUAUUACAGAACUUUUGUAUAAAUUUUAUUAUGAUUAUUGUUAACAAUGAAUAAAAGCACAGAAAACAAACUUUUAUUUACUUUUUUUAUUCAUUCAAUUGUGCAUGUCACAACCACCACUGCAAAUAGACCAGCCAUUCUGAGAUUUCAUGUGCAUGGUUCUUAAUUGAUUAUCCUGAC